AUGGAACCCUUGAAAAUCCCCGUUCAACAACCGAAGAAGCGCCGCAUCGGUGUACUCACCUCCGGAGGUGAUGCACCUGGCAUGAAUGGCGCCGUGCGCGCUGUGGUGCGCAUGGCCAUCCACUGCGACUGUGAGGCCUAUGCCGUCUUCGAAGGAUACGAAGGUCUGGUCAAUGGCGGCAACAUGAUCCGCCAGGUGCACUGGGAGGAUGUUCGUGGUUGGUUGUCCCGUGGCGGUACAUUGAUCGGCUCCGCUCGAUGCAUGGCUUUCCGGGAGCGCGCUGGUCGUCUGCGGGCGGCGAAGAACAUGAUCCUGCGUGGCAUCGACGCGCUGGUGGUCUGUGGUGGUGAUGGUUCCUUGACAGGUGCUGACGUCUUCCGUGCGGAAUGGCCCGGCUUGCUGGCAGACCUUGUCGCAGGGGGUGAAUUGACCCAGGAGCAGGUCGAGCCCUACACAGUCCUCAACAUUGUCGGUCUGGUCGGCUCCAUUGACAACGACAUGUCCGGCACCGACGCCACCAUUGGAUGCUACUCGUCCUUGACGCGCAUCUGUGACGCCGUUGACGAUGUAUUCGACACUGCCUUCUCUCACCAGCGAGGCUUCGUCAUUGAGGUGAUGGGCCGUCACUGUGGAUGGCUCGCCCUGAUGUCCGCUAUCAGCACCGGCGCAGACUGGCUGUUCAUUCCCGAGAACCCUCCCAAGGACGGCUGGGAGGAUGAAAUGUGUGCCGUCAUUACAAAGAACCGCAAGGAGCGAGGCAAGCGCCGCACGAUUGUGAUUGUCGCCGAGGGUGCUCAGGAUCGCCAACUCAACAAGAUUUCGAGCUCAACAAUCAAGGAUAUUUUGACCGAAAGACUAGGCUUAGAUACUCGAACCACAGUGCUGGGACACACCCAGCGUGGCGGCGCGGCAUGUGCAUACGACCGCUGGCUAUCGACUUUGCAGGGUGUCGAGGCCGUUCGGGCCGUGCUGGAGAUGACUCCUCAAUCUCCCGUGCCUGUCAUCACCAUCCGUGAGAACAAGAUUAUGCGCACUCCUCUGAUGGAUGCGGUCCAGGCCACAAAGGACGUCACAGCCAAGAUCCAUGCGAAGGAUUUCGAGGCCGCCAUGAAUGAGCGUGAUGCUGAAUUCAAGGAAUACUACCAUGCGUACUUGAACACCUCAACCCCAGACCACCCGAAGAUGUCUCUUCCUGAGAACAAGAGAAUGCGCAUUGCGAUCAUCCACGUCGGUGCUCCCGCCGGUGGUAUGAACCAAGCUACUCGAGGUGCCGUAGCAUACUGCCUGACCCGAGGCCACACCCCGCUUGCUAUUCACAACGGUUUCCCCGGUCUGGUCCGUCAUCAUGCCGACAAGCCUGUUAGUUCCGUUCGGGAAGUCAAGUGGCUUGAGUCGGACGCCUGGGUCAACGAGGGAGGUUCAGAUAUCGGAACCAACCGCAGUCUUCCAUCGGAAGAUAUGGAAGGCACAGCCAAGUGCUUCGAGCUUUACAAGUUUGAUGCGGUUUUCGUGGUCGGUGGAUUUGAGGCUUUCACAGCCGUCAGCCAACUGCGUCAAGCCCGUGCGAAAUACGAUGCAUUCAAGAUCCCUCUCGUCGUGCUUCCAGCCACCAUCUCGAACAACGUCCCGGGAACCGAGUACUCCCUUGGUAGUGACACCUGCCUGAACACUCUUAUCGAUUUCUGUGACGCUAUCCGACAGUCCGCUUCGUCCUCUCGUCGCCGAGUCUUCGUCAUUGAGACCCAGGGAGGCAAGUCUGGUUACAUUGCAACGACUGCCGGUUUGGCGGUUGGUGCAGUGGCCGUUUACAUUCCGGAGGAGGGUAUUGAUAUUAAGAUGCUCUCACGCGACAUUGACUUCCUGCGUGACAACUUCAUUCGCGACAAGGGUGCCAACCGUGCUGGCAAGAUCAUUCUUCGCAAUGAAUGCGCAUCGAGCACUUACACUACCCAGUUCGUCGCUGACAUGUUCAAGGAGGAGGCCAAGGGCCGCUUCGAGUCGCGUUCUGCUGUACCAGGUCACUUCCAGCAGGGUGGCAAGCCGUCCCCCAUGGACCGUGUUCGUGCCCUGCGUAUGUCAAUCAAGUGUAUGCAGCACAUUGAGUCCUACGCAGGCAAGAGUCGCGAUGAGAUUGCUGCGGAUCCCCUAUCGGCCGCUGUCAUCGGUGUCAAGGGCUCUCAGGUGUUGUUCUCGCCGAUGGGUGGCGCUGAGGGAUUAGAGGAGACCGAGACCGACUGGGCUCGUCGUCGGCCCAAGACUGAAUUCUGGCUGGAGCUGCAGGAGGUCGUCAACGUUCUGUCCGGCCGAGCUGCUUCUCGUGCCCAGGAGACUUGGUCUUGUUACGAGAGUACGUAA